CGAUCAUCCUUCUCCAGACCGAAUCCAAGCAGUGGCACACAGCCUAGCUAGCUCUUGCUAGGUUCCUAGACCAUCGCCAUGAAUCCCACCAUGUCAUCCUCGCUGUGCACGUUCGCGGCGCUGGCUGGCUCCGCAGGGCGGCCGGGACGCCGGGCCGGCCAGAAGGGGGGCAACAAGAGGGCGGUGGCGCAGCCUCUCGCAGCUGGUGCCGUCACAGAGGCACCAGCAGCAGUUGUAGUAGCCCCGCCGGCACGCCCUGUCGUCACUGCCCCGCGUCGCCGGGAGGGGCGCACCGGGGGCUCCGGCACCGACCAGCUCGUUGCGUGGAAGAGCAUCCGGCAGGAGAGGUGGGAGGGCGCGCUCCAGGUGGAGGGAGAGCUGCCUCUCUGGCUGGAUGGCACGUACCUGAGGAACGGCCCGGGCCUAUGGGAUCUCGGGGACUACGGCUUCCGGCACCUGUUCGACGGCUACGCGACGCUGGUGCGCGUCUCCUUCCGCGACGGCCACGCCGUGGGCGCGCACCGGCAGAUCGAGUCGGAGGCGUACAAGGCGGCGCGGGAGCACGGCAAGGUGUGCUACCGCGAGUUCUCGGAGGUGCCCAAGCCGGAGGGCUUCAUGUCGCUCGUCGGCCAGAUCGCCAAGCUCUUCUCGGGCUCCUCCCUCACCGACAACUCCAACACCGGCGUCGUCAGGCUCGGCGACGGCCGCGUGCUCUGCCUGACGGAGACGGUGAAGGGGUCCAUCGUGGUGAACCCGGACACGCUGGACACGGUGAGCAAGUUCGAGUACGAGGACAAGCUGGGCGGGCUGAUCCACUCGGCGCACCCCAUCGUGAAUGACAACGAGUUCUGGACGUUGAUCCCCGACCUGAUCCGGCCCGGGUACGUGGUGGCGAAGAUGGACGCCGGGAGCAACGAGAGGAAGUUCGUGGGCAGGGUGGACUGCCGCGGCGGGCCGGCGCCCGGGUGGGUGCACUCGUUCCCGGUGACCGACAACUACGUGGUGGUGCCGGAGAUGCCGCUCCGGUACUGCGCCGCCAACCUCCUCCGCGCCGAGCCCACGCCGCUGUACAAGUUCCAGUGGCACCCCGAGUCCGGAAGCUACAUGCACGUCAUGUGCAAGGCCAGCGGCAAAGUGGUGGCGAGCGUGGAGGUUCCCCCGUUCGUGACGUUCCACUACAUAAACGCGUACGAGGAGAAGGACGAGGAGGGGCGGGUGACGGCCAUCAUCGCCGACUGCUGCGAGCACAACGCCGACACCUCCAUCCUCGACAACCUCCGCCUCCACAACCUCCGGAGCUUCACCGGCGAGGACGUCCUCACCGAUGCCAGGGUGGGGCGGUUCAGGAUUCCGCUGGACGGUAGCCCGAUCGGCGAGCUCGAGGCGGCGCUGGACCCGGAGGAGCACGGCCGCGGCAUGGACAUGUGCAGCAUAAACCCCGCCUACGUCGGCAAGGAGUACCGCUACGCCUACGCCUGCGGGGCGCAGAGACCGUGCAACUUCCCCAACACGCUCACCAAGAUCGACCUGGUGGAGAAGACGGCCAAGAACUGGUACGAGGAGGGCGCCGUGCCGUCCGAACCCUACUUCGUGCCGCGCCCCGGCGCCGUCGAUGAAGACGACGGCGUGGCGAUAUCGAUGGUGAGCGCCAAGGAUGGCUCGGGCUAUGCGCUGGUUCUCGACGCCAAGACGUUCCAGGAGGUCGCGCGGGCCAAGUUCCCCUACGGGCUGCCCUACGGCUUGCACUGUUGCUGGGUGCCCAGGGACAACUAACACGCAUCGGGGAUCACGGCAAAACACACCUGAAAAUCAAUCGCAUCGGUCGACGAAAUAGUUCGUGUCUGCAUCUUGCACAGUGGAUCAGGGUGUCCAGUCGGCACUCGCGUACGUGGAUGUUUCUGUACUACAAAGAUAGAUAGUUUGCUAGUAGCUUUUUGUAAAAAAAGAAGGAAGAAAAUGGUAUACAUGUAGAUCUAUAGACAGAUGUGAGAUGUCGUAUACGUGGAACUGAAACUACAGGGGAACCUCUAGAAAAAACUGCAGGGAACUAGCUAGAGUACUUAGGCCAAGUCCGAUUGUCAGGGAUGUACGUAGUAGUGCGCAGCUGUAUGUGUACAUAUGUUUCCGUUCUCAGAUUUAAUUAUAGUGGUGUUCAGUGUGUAACAUGGAACUUGUGCAUGUAGGACAAGUCCCAUUCUCAGUGAGGUAGUAAAGCAGUAAUGUGUACAUAUCUGUCCGGCCGUUCUCGGAUUUAUAUA